AUGACAGACGACAAUAAAUUGGUAGGCCCAGCAAAUCAUCAAGAAGACCCAUCAAACUCACAAAGGCACUUACCACAAAACUCUCAAGGGCACCAACAAAAUUCUCAGGAAGAGCCAUCCAACUUUCAAGAGCAACCACAAAAUACUGUUGAUCACCUCCAAAAUCUCCAAGAAAAACCCCAAAAUCUCCAAGAACUACCCUCAAAUUUCCAAGCGCAGGUCCUAAACCUUCAAGAUCAAACCCAAAACUCUCAAGAACCGCCUAAAAACCCGCAAGAAUCCGGUCGACAUUCACCGACAUUUACGGAAAUCACAAAUCAAUUUUAUAAAGAACGAUAUGAGGGCAUGAUCACGAGAAUUCGUCUGGAGCGCUCCCACUACACCGCCUGUCCAAACUGCAAUGAGAGUAUUUUCACAGUCCCAGAGUAUCACGUUGGAGUUCUUUGCUGGGUCCUUUGUUUUGUUAUAGCCGCUGUAGGCACGUCAAAUAAUUCCAAAUUGGACCGUUGA